AUGUCUGAGCUUCCAGUGCAAAAAGAUGAUGAACCCCGUGUCGAUACCUUCGAAUCGCCCGUCCACCAACCCCAUGCAGCACACGAGAGCCAGGCCCAUGGCACCGUUCAACUUCUCCAGGGAGGUUCCGUUGUCCUGAUUCCCACCCCAAGUCCGGAUCCAAAGGACCCUCUCAAUCUUCCAAAAUGGCACAAAUACCUCAUCAUAUUGGUUGUAGGCUCAUACUCCGCCAUCGCGGUCUUGGUCACCUCAGGCUUAGGUGCGGUAUUCCCAUCAGUGUUAAAGGAGUAUCCACCUGAGGAGGCUGGCCGAGCAACAGACCUAUUGACCUAUCCAACACUAUUCAUGGGCAUCGGCAACCUGUUUUCAAUGCCGCUUUGCGUUACUAUCGGACGAAGACCAGUCUUCCUGGCAUCUUUGGUCCUGAUGGUUGUAUCUGGCAUAUGGUGCGCCUUUUCGGGUUCACUGAGCAGUCAUAUUGCUGGACGCAACUUUUACAGCAUCGCUGCUGGACAGAGCGAGGCCCUAGCACCUUUCAUAAUCGAGGAGAUCCACUUCCUUCACGAGCGUAGUGCAAAGCUGUCCUGGUUCAUCGGUGUUCAAACUGUGGGCACAGCUGGAAUGUUUGUUGCGACUGCUUACAUCGUCCCGGCGUGGGGUACCAAGUGGUGGUACAUUAUCGUCACGCUCAUCAACGCCGCCAUCCUGGUAUUAGCCUUUUUCUUCGCGGUAGAGACUAAGUACAACCGACCUAAAGAUGCUGACCGCGGAGCUGUCCACUUAAAACUAGAUGACCUGGGGAACGUCUGCAACAAGGGCGACACAGAAAUGGUCUUCCAAGUCACAACCCGAGAAAACCACGUGCUUCAACCGGAAGUGUUUGGCAAUAGGACAUGGCGAUCCGAUCUGAGGAUAUUUCAUUUCAAGCCUGAGUGGAGGCAGACUCUUGUCUUCUACAAGGAGACGUUCCAAUCGCUUUGCCUGCCCAACAUUGUAUGGAUGCUUCUCAUUAAUGGCACUUUCCUGGGAAUCUACAUCUAUCAAGCCUCGACGUUUGCGACAAUUCUAAUGUCCCCGCCAUAUUCAUUCCAGUCGGAGUGGCUGGGGUACGUUCAACUUGUUCAGGUGCUGGAUUGCGUUAUUAUGGUUCCACUUCUUGGAUAUGGCUCUGAUAUUCUUGCUCGAAUGAUGAGUACAUGGAAGAAUGGCAUUUUCCAGCCGGAGUACCGAUUGGUCAUCCUGAGCAUCCCUAUUGCUUCGGCCAUCGUGGCGUGCAUCUUGUAUGGUCAAGCUGGCGCGAACCCCGAAAGCUGGCAUUGGAUGGCCAUCGUAGCACCAUAUCAUGUGGGAUAUUUUGCUUUCUUGGGAGCCAACCUGAUUGGUAUCACCUACGCCAUCGAUAGUUUCCCGAGCAAAGCUGGCCCUCUUCUGCUGGUCAUUUGUGCCGGUCGUGGCUUCAUCUCGUUUGGUCUCAGCUAUUCUACCGUGCCGCUAAUUAACCUGACGGGAUACAACGGUGCGAUGAACAUUUUCGCCAUUAUAUCCGGAGUGCUGGGAGCCAUCACUAUCCCUGUGUAUUUUUGGGGUGCUCGUAUUCGGAUGUGGGCAACGAGGAAGCUUUGGCCUGAGUUGGCUCAAUGA